GCUAGUGGGGAUCUGAAUAUUCUCUAAAAAAACCUCGUCGUGUCAGACUCGUGUAACCAUAAUAUUCAUUAUUCACAAUUAUACAUUAAACCGUCGUGUUUUAUUCUCAAUCAUUGUAAUAAAAUUAUUCAAUUUAUAAAUAUUGAACACAAUUGUAACAAUGAUUAACAGAUCAAUUGUGAUAGGAUUGAUCAUUGUCGUCAUCCAGAUGAUGACUAUGAUAGAAAGUAAAGAUAUGAAAAAACGUCAAGCACUUGAAAUUGUCUCAACUGGUAUCAACCAAUUUUCCAUGGAACUUUACGAGAGACUCGUGUCAGAUGGUAAUAAAAAUAAUAUGAUAUUUUCACCGUUAAGUGUAUGGAUGGUUUUGUCAAUGGCAUCACUUGGAUCUCAGGGAAAAACAAAAUCUCAAUUGACAAAUGUUCUACAUCUAAAUGAUGACAAAAAAAUACAAAAUAUUGGAGCUAAAACACUUGUUGAAAAACUAAACGCUUUAAAUAAUGUUGAAUUAAAAAUUAUAAAUAAAGUAUUUUUGGAUAAAAAUUUGGAGCUUAAAAAAGAUUAUAAAAAUAUAACAAAAUCAAUUUUUAAAUCAACUGUUGAUAAAAUUGAUUUUUCAAAUUCAAUUAAUGCAACAAACAUUAUCAACAAGUGGAUUCAAGAAAAUACUAAAUCACGUAUCCAAGAAAUCAUUGGUUCUGAUGAAUUAAGCAAGGAUACCAGUUUGAUACUGGUAAAUGCUGUGUACUUUAAAGGCCAAUGGAAAAAUAAAUUCGACAAUUCAUCAACUAAUUCUGAGCCUUUUUAUCUUGAUGAUGGUGAAAUUAAAAAUGUAUCAAUGAUGCAUACUGAAGGAAAUUUUAAAAUUGGAUAUUUACCAGAAGCUGAUGCUGAAUUUAUUGAACUUCCUUAUGCAAGUGAUAACAACAGUAAUGCCAUGAGUAUGAUCGUGAUGAUUCCAAAAAAUAAUACAAAUUUAGGACUUAUUGAAAGAUCUCUGAAAAAUAUAAAAAUAUCACGUUUAUUAUCUGGCAAAAUGACUGAAAUUUCAUUGUCAUUGCCAAAAUUUACAAUUGAAUCAAAAGUUAAUUUAGUAGCACCACUUAUGGACCUGGGUUUAACUGAUAUGUUUGAUGAAUCAGCUAAUUUUAGUGACAUUGUUAAUGCACCUGUUAAAGUAAGCAAAGUUGUGCAAAAAGCAUUUAUUGAAGUUAAUGAAGAAGGCAGUGAAGCAUCAGCAGCAACUGAAUUUGAAAUUGAAAAUAGAUUUGGACAAGAAUACAUACCACCGUAUGUUAUCAAAAUAAAUCAUCCAUUUAUGAUGAUUAUUAUUAAAAAAAAAUUACAAAUUUUUACAGCAAGAAUUUUUGAUCCAGCAAUUAAUACAGAAAAAAAAAAUAAUUAAAAUACAAAAAAAUACUGGAGAAUAAAUCUCUUUAUUAAAUGGCUCAUGUUUUUUUUUCUAAAAGUACAAAAAUUUUAUUUAAAAUUAUUGUCUGAAAAAUAAUAAAAAAAAAAAAAAUAAUAAUAAGAAAGUUUUUCAUUUACAAACUAAUAUCUUGAUGAUAAAAAAAUGUUAAAUGAUAGUUUACUUUGUAAUAACAAAAAGUAAAAAAGAAAAAAAAAAUGAAUAAACUAUUUAAUAUUUAAAUCAA